CUUUUUUUGCUUUUUGUCUGUCUAUUCUUUGCUUCGAGUUUGUUCCUUUGUCAGGGGGAAAGGGAAAAGCCGGUCGCAUGGUCGACAGCAAGCCACGGAGUCGAAGCACGCACGGUCGCGCACCGGCAUCCACCGAUCAUCACGCGCGCCAUCGGCAGCAUCACCACAGUCACCAUAGCACUGGUGGUAGUCAUAGUAGUAGCAGCAGCAAUCCGAACAGCAGUAGUAGUACGAGCAAUACGAGUCGUAGUCACCAGAAUCAUCCCAAUGCGAAUGCGAACGUUUCAUCAUCACCACCACCACCAUCACCACCACCACCACCAGCAGCAGCUUCAUCAUCAUCAUCAUCAUUGGUCCCAUCACCAUCAGCGUCAGGUUCGGCGUUGUCGCUGUCCUUGUCGCUUUGGCUGCGGUUCGCAUUGGCUCUGUUUCUCAUUGCAUUGGCGCUGAGCCUGUCGCCGUUCGCGCCGCAAGUCAGUCCAGACCCAUCCACCACGACCACGACCACGACCACGACUGCCAUCAGCUCGAGUGAUCAUCACUCUUAUGCAGACUGGCGCUGGUGGGCAGAGUGGCUUCCGUUGCCAAUCGUCGCUCCGUUCUGGCUGCUGCUCCAGGCGCACUACCGCACCACGAUGACUGGUACCGCCGCCAUUGCUACUACUGCGACAACUGCCACUGAUAAUGCCACUAGCACUGCCGCUGCUGUGGCCGGUGGUGAUGCGCUGCUCACCCCGCUCUACGCCUUGACGGUGCUCGUGCGUCUCGCUUUCAACGCGCUGGUCGUGCUGCUCCCUCCGCUGGGUCUGUUUCUGUGGUGGCAGCGACGCCAGCGCAUGGCUCUCCACGCCGUGUGGCUCCGGGAGCGGGCGAUCGCCCAAGCCAUGGCGACGCCAGCCAUUCUCGAGGCGUUCGUUGCCGCCGACAAUGACCCUACUGCGUCCACCACCAAGCCAUCGUCCUCGGACCACCCUGGCGUGGGACCAUCGUCCGCAUCUGCAACUGCAGCUUCAUCACUGCCGAAUGCCUCAGGAUUGAAUUUUCGCGCGCUACCUUUCCGAGAUUUGUUUACCACGCUUGGCGCAAAUUUGGUCAAUGACAGCUCUCUGAGCGAGCAAGACACAGUGCCAACUCGCGCGUCCAACGGCAACGCUGCCAUUUCGGCCACCACGUUGACAAGCAUGUCGCCGGAAGAGCUCGACGCGCUGCUGGACACGCACGGCUUCCGUUCGUCCGUUCCGUAUCGCGCGUUUCAACCAAUCUUGCAGCUCAUUAUGCGCGAUUUCGUCAACGGAUGGUACCAAACGUUCAGCACGCACGAGCAAUUCUCGGCUCAGAUGCAGACCGUCAUCGGUCGUGUUCUCGUCCAGUUCCACGCUCAAGCAUCCUUGGUGUCCCGGGAAGAGCUCACCAAGGCAUGUGUGCAAGUGAUAAUGCAGCACCUGCAGACUGUAGCCCAGCAAGACAAGUACAAUGCCUCGCUUGCCGCCGUCGCCACCACAGCAGACGCAUCAUUGCAGCAACACGACGAAUCGCAGCAGCCACCUGGCCAGCAACAACACCAGCAAGACUCGCCUCAGCAAGCGGUGCUACAGCAACCGACUGCGCUACAGGCCGAGCAUUCGCGGCUCAAUCCAAAAUCACACGACCUAUCACUCACGAACGACUUUGUGUCGUCGUCGGGCUCUGAAUCGGACAACAGCAGCAUCAUAGACGAGGACACUGACGAAAGCGACUUCUCUGACGACGCUGACUCGCUCGACCCAGAUUUCGACAGCUCCAGCCUUGAUUUGGAUGCCGCCAGUCGGCUCGAAUCGCAUGCAGAGAACGAUGCAGCAGCGGGCAGCAACCAGCUCGCUACCGACGUUCCAACAGCAACCAAUGCUGAAGAUGCCGACGAAGCGCUUGACAUUUUAAAUGUGAGCACCAUGAGCGAGCGAAUUGCUCACCGCAGCCUCAGAUACAGGUCCGCGUCGGAGGCUGCAGAGGCCGCCUCGAUUGCUGCUCUCCCGCCCACGCCCGUUCUUGGCCGGUCUUUCAUGACUAGUGACAGUCACGAUGCUGGCAUACCCAUUCCCGGGUUGGACGCGACGGCAGGCGGAGUUGGAGCCGCGGCUGGGAGCUCGUUUGGAGCAUCCAUGACGUACAAUCCGCUGGACGACGACAAUGGCUUGCUUGCCACGAGCGCAUCCAUGCUACCGCACCCUGUGCUUCUCGCGUCGGCUUCCGGAGACGCUGUAUUGGACGAUCUGUUUGACGAGUCUCCUGUCACAUCCAACCUGUACGUGCGCGAGUCUCAGGCAGCUCGAGUCGCUGCCGAGGACGCUCCUUCUCCUUUGACAAUCUCGGCAUUGACAAGUCUUUCAAGCACCGCCGCGCCGACUGACAGUCAGCCGCUGCUGAUGCCUAGUCCCGAGCCUCAGUCGAGUGCCAUCGUGCCUCCUUCAGUUUCCAGCACAGCGACCGCAUCCGCUCUUGAUACCGCGGUACGAGAGCAUCCAGAGCUGGUCACUCCUGAGGACGCGGAUACCAACCAAUCGUUUGCUCCUCUCGAUGGGUUGCCUCGCCGACGGCACCGACGCACUCGUCGCGCCGGAACACGCCGAACAAGUACAACAUUCACCGAGCCCUCCAUCAUGCCGCCUGCACAUGACCGUGCGACAGUUGCGCCGCCGCCCUUGCACUUUGCCAUGGCAAGCGCGGAGACUGAAAUGAUUUACUAUCGUCAGAUUGUUGACGUGAUUUUAAGCCUGUGUCUUCCGACCGCCGAAUUUCGCUGCGACUCUGCACGCUCUCUCUUUCGAGAGGUCGUUGUUUGCACUGUCGUCAAGCCGCUUGUCGACACCAUGAUUCAGCCAUGGUGGCUGAAUGAACUGAUCCGUGAUGUCACCUCCGACACACCGCCCUUCGUUCCGACUGCCGAGGAUUUGGGCUUUUCGCUUGAGCCUUCGCAGUCAGGUCCGUCCACUCUGGUGCCGCCGGCAUCCAGUCUGCCGUCGACCGCAACUGCAACAGAUUCAGGUCCAGCCACGGUGUCGUCUCCCGCAUCAUCCAUCAUCACCACCACCACCACCACCACCGCCAACACCACCGCUGCUGUCGCUGCUGCUGCCGCUCCGCCAACAUUGGGCGAGGCUGACACUUCAACAGACCUCGAUAGCUCUCGUUCAGAGUCGGGGGUUGACGGAGGAGCUGGUGAUGCGCUUCCGCCGCUGUUAUCCUCGUCGCCACCAUCGUCAUUGACAAGCUUGGGAUCGAACAUGCCAGCAGCAGCACUCGACCAGAGUGCUGAGGCAAUACGAGCUCGAGCCGGCAGUCAGGUCCUUGUCCCGCGCUCUUUGCUUCAAGUCUCGAUUCCGAACUUUGAAGUUGAGCGUGUUGCAGGCAGCUCGCCUUUUGCAGUCUAUGUCAUUCGUGUUGUCAUUCAUCUGCCCGCUCCCAACCUUUCAACCAAGUCCAACUCAUCGGACGGCUUGGCCUCCGACUCGGGCAGCUCCAGCACCACUGGCACUACGACGGCGAAAGGGAUUGAGCACGGCUUGAUUGUCGUACGACGAUUUCGUCAGUUUGAUGAGCUGCACGAGCGCCUUUGUCGAACGUUUUCUCAAGUGCGCGCGCUGGAUUUGCUUGGAGCCAAUAACAAAUUUAUGAGCUUCCGCACCCCGUUCGGCAACUUGAACCCGACCCUGUUGGAAAACCGUCGACGCCUACUCGAAAAGUAUCUUCAGACAAUCACGAGUUUGCCCGAGAUUGUUUGCAAUGAAGCGUUGCAAGUGUUCCUUGACAUCUCUCCCGAGAUUGCGCGCGCGCUUCAGACCGAGGCCGCGCUCUUGCUGGCGCAGUCUCCGGCAGCAUGGUCGUCCUCGUCUUCUGUACUCUCUGGUAAUGCGACUGCUGGCGUUUCGCACUUCAAGAUCCAAGUACCCACGGCUGUCGCGGACAACACCAACAAGGCCGUGUAUGAAGCCUUCUUGCAAGUCAUGCACGAACUUUACGAGCAGCAAAAGCUCGGACACCAGUUUGCAGAAUCGCUUCACCAUCGAAAGUUGUCCUUGCUGAUGUCGUUGCUUCCGCCCAUCGUGUCCUGGCGGUUUCAGCAGUCUCGAAAACGGAAGGAGGCCCAGUCCACUGCCGAGGCAACCGAGGAGCACGGAUUCUCGCCAGCAGUGUCGUCUCCGCCAUUGCGAGACUUUUUGUUUGACUUUGCAUCCCAGGUUUUGCUUGGAGACACCUCCAGCGGUCCCAAGAGCGACCUGUUGCGCUUAUUGUUUGACAACCUCGUUGGCGACUUUGCAGAACGAUUUGUUCGACAUGAAGUCGAUGACCUGUUUUCCGAUGCGCAACUUUGCAAGUAUGCCGUGCUGCUCCGUCGAUCUGUGUGGCCGAACGGCCAGCUUGGUGAAACGCUUCCGCCACCCACCGAAGAACACAAAGCGCGUGUCGCCCAAGAAGCACGCGCCGGGUUGGCCGGCAUGCUUCCAGGCUGGGUUCGAAAGGUGCUUGGAGACCAUCCAACGGACGUGCUUUGGCAAGCUGCUCAAGACCCCACUCUCAACAAGAAUGCACUGCUCUGCUUGAUUGAUCAGUUUAUCGCCCAUCUCGCUCCAGAGAGUGUUCAACCAGAGUUUUGGUCCUUUAUCGAUGGUCGGCACAAGCGGAUGCGUUGAGACUUGAAUACUCCCCUUGCCCCCUUUGUUUUGUUCGGUGCGCAUCAAUGUAGCAAGCAGAAGUACAUUGGCUAACAUUCGAAAAAAAAAGCAAUACACACAGAAAAUAAAACCAAACCAACUUAAACA